AUGUCACAACCGAUAAAAGAAGAGGAAGAACAUAAUAGAACAGGAUUAUGUAAAUCUAAUACAUCUUCUACGCCACCACUUUGUGCUAAAUUGGGAAUCAAAAGCUCUUCGUGGUCACAGUUUUGGCCUGGGUCUGGAGAUGUUGGAAUUGAUAUCUUGGGAGAAGCUUGCAGGGUCAUAACGUCAUGGAAGAGCUUGCAGAGCAUAGUCUUAUAUAGCAGAACUAGAACUUCAAUAUGGAAUACUUUCCUUUAUAACAAUCAUUGGUUCCUAUAUCGGCCGAAAGAUAAUUCAUCUGAACUUCAGAUUUCACCUACUAGAGAGAGUCAGACGGGCGCAUGA